AUGCCGACGGACUUGCCCAAAGUUUUAGUUGCAAGAAACUGGGUAAUCAGAAACCUACGGCGCAUACAGUUUGCAAUGCAAGAGGAACAACUUUAUGCUGAAUGCAAGCAAGAUGAACGAACAUAUACAUCUAGUUAUCAAAGUUACUAUGUGUUUGCCCUUCUCUUUUCGAAAAAAAAUCUCAACAAAGCAAGAUACCGUAAAAUUUCGAAAAUAAGCCCCUCUAUGUAUAAGCCCCUCCAAAUAUAAGCCCCCCAAACUGGUGACGCAAAAAACCCUUCGUUAAAUCGCCCCUCCAAAUAUAAGCCCCCGGGGGCUUGUACUUGGAAAAUUGCUCUCAAAUACAAAGUAAAACAAAGCAAAAACGGUAAAUUUACUUCGAACUAUAAGGCUAGUCCAAUCGAUUCGUAAACGCAAAUUUCCCUCUGUAGAGAAGCCCCUCCGAAUAAAAGCCCCUCCAAAAAUAGGCCCCUCAAAAAGUUAAGGGCCUUUGAAAAAUAUAGGCCCCGGGGCUUAUUUUCGGAAUUUUACGGUAUAGCAUCUACAGAAAUCUCCUACCAGUUUUUAGCACCGAAGGUUCCCGUCAAGAGGAGAAAAAAAGCCACCAACUCUAGUACUUCAACCGAUCCAUUUUCAGCUGCAACGAAAACCCUUAUAUUAGGUAAUUUAUUCAAACUUGUAAGAUUUGCCAACACAUUCGCACGAUACCGUAUGUAUUAUUAUUAUUGGUUUCCUCCAAAACAACGUUCUUUUUUCAACAGAAUAGCUCCUGAGCAACGUACUUGUUUUAACAUGAAAGUAGGUUUUGGUAAUGAAUUGUUAGAAUCAAUUUAAAUGUUAAUAUUUCAAAUUCUUUAUUCUUCAUAUUAGAUUUGUUAGUAAUGAAAUAAUCAUAACGAAGUUUAAUUUCAUCUUUCCUAUGGCGUUUCUCAGUAUGAAGGUGAAACUAAAAGGUUGUUACAUAAGAUACAUCAAAUUUGAUUUUUUUUUAAAUUUUUCAUUGUUUUUGAAGUCUUACCGGUUUCUUAGAAGAAAAAAAGAUCAUUUAUAGAUAUCAUUUAGAUUUGUUAGUAAUGAAAUAAUCAUAAAGGAAUUCAAUUUGGUUUUCAGCCGAAGUCCGCAAACCUUGAUUCUGACUUAGGGCCUGUUUACGUGGAGGUGGGGGACCCCAGGUAGGUAAGGUAACCCACUUAGGUGAGGUAACCCGCCUGCCCAUAUAUGUUAUCACGUUUACAUGUUAGGUGGCGUAACCCGUCCCAUGUUACCUCACCUACCUGGGGUCUCGCACCUUCAUGUAAACGGGCUCUUAAUUAUAUUGUAAAAUUAUUAAACGUUACAGAUUGAUACCUUUUGCAGCAAAAUAUGACAAAAGUCGUAGGAAGAUUACACAAAUGUUGUAGCAGGCGUGCAAUGAAACAACUCCUUAUUUCUUGUCUCAGAUAGCUGUCAUUCGGUUCACAGUGUGGUAAAUGAAAUAAAUUCUGCGCAUCGCGUGGCCGUCUGGAAAGAAAACAGUGGACAUUACGAAAAAGGAGACACCAAAUUUCAAAUAAAAAACGUAACAUAACAAAACCCAUGUUAUGUUAUUGACAUGUUAUAUCUAUAUGACUUCUUUCUCUCUCGAUCUCUAGCACAAACCUUGGACACUGACUUAAGUCUGUUGUAUCCUAUAAUAUUCCACCCUCCUUCCGCCGCCGUCUGGACGUAUCAGGUCCAAGUUUUACGGAAACCUGUUUCAACCUUACUGUCUUUAAUACCUCAUAAGACCCAUCUCAUAAUCAAAUGACUUUACUGUGUCUACAACGUAUUUGAAUUACCUAAGGUUUUCAAUAGCCAAGAGGUUCUUUAGCAAACUUCCUUUAUAUGUCAGUGUAAAAGCUUUUUGUGAUGAAACUGAAGACAUCAGAAAGUUUAAUUUCAUCUCUUUGAUGCCAUACGUAUUAUGAAAAUGAUAGGAGGUAGUUAGAUGAAAGUUCCAGAGUAAUUGGUUUUUGCCAAAACAACGUUCUGUUUUCAACCGAAUAGUUUCUGUGCAACGUACUUGUUUUUACGUGAAAGGAGGUUUUGGUAAUGAAUUGUUAGUGGCAAUUUAAAUGUUAAUAUUUUAAAUUGAUUCUUCACAUUAGAUUUGUUAGUAUUGAAAUAAUCAUAACGGAAAAGAAUUGUAAUUUUUUCUUUUUUAUGCUUCUCCCAUUAUGAAAGUAAAGUAGUGCGUUAAAUUGGAUUUUUUCAUUAACAUUGUUUUUGAAGUCGUAGGGUCUCUUAGCAAAAAUGUUUUGUACACGUAACGAGAUUUGUUUGUGAUGGAUUAAUCAUAACGGAAUUCACAUAAAUAUAGGAGAGAAAACAGGCAAUUUAACAAGUCAUAGGCUUGAGUCUUCUCCUUGCUCUAUCUCAUCCACAUCGGGUAAGUCAGAUAACUAAGUUUAUCGGUAUCUGAUGAGGUGUAUAUGUUGUUUUACUAAAGAUCCCAACCCUAACUAAAUGGAUUUGAUUUUUAUUUUUGAAGGCGUUUUGUGAAAAUCAGACACUUACAAAAAAGCCUGAAGUAGCCGAUUUAAAAAGCCAGAGCCUGAAAGUUAAUAGGGAAAAAUAGUCAAGGUGCAUUUGAUACAAAACUUUUGUGUGAAAUUGUUUCUUGAAACUGCCGCUUUAACGAACAUCUUACAAGUUAAAUUGCCUGCCAUAGAAUUAUCUUAACAAAGUAUUGCAUUGUCAGCGUGGUAUUUCAAAGUUAUUAAUGCUAUUAUAAAGGUGCAUACUUCGUUUUGUUUUUCAGUUUUUUAAAAUCAUUCUGUCGUCCAAAAAGACUGAGAGAUGAAUUUUUUGAUUAUUGUGGUUGUCAAUAUCCUGGCUGUGGGUUAUGCUACGCCGGACAAGGAGGCAGGGUUGAAAGUUGAGGAUCUUGCAAUCCGAAAAUGGCGUAAAGGUGAUCAUACUUAAGGGGUCUAAAGGCUACUUCUACCGAGAAAUUUUGAAGUUAAGAAUUCUGAAAUUGCAAGAUGCAACUGAAACCAAAUAAUUUUCUUUGAUAACUAGUUGUAACUAACAGUAAUGCAAAAAAGUUUAUCUAUUUCAUUACCGCUUGAAACUGAAACGUUCUAUUUGGUUUCUUCUAUGUUCACCGAAAGACAGGUAAAAUAUUGGCGUUAAAUCUUUAUUGGUAACGUUAACGUCUUCCUAGUAAAUUCCAAUAAUUUUGAUUUUAGGAAGAACAAUCAAAAGAAAAUUAUUCAUGUGAACGGGACAAUUCUGUAUGAAGAUUGACAGUCACUGAUAUUAAAGACAUUCAUAAAUCUCAAUUUGUCUCAUAAAAUUUUAUCACUGACAGUUUUUAACUCAGAAUUAGGCAUCUCCGCCCAACAUCACAGUUCUUUGGCGGCAUUUAGCAUGAGUUUUUAACAAGACAGGUCUUGUGAAAAAUGAGCCAUUUGGACGAGGAAAAGAACAAAAAUGCACAAGAAACAGUCAGUUUUUUGAAAAUGUAAUCACCGAAGUUUGUUAAAAUGUAUCAGAGCAAUAAAUAGCUGAAGAGCUACUGACGUAGAAGGGUUCUGUCUCCUGAAAGCGUUUUGAAAAAUCGAUCAAAAAGUACUUGGAAGUAGAGAAGGCAUACACCAACCCCCCCUUCUUCCUUCCAACUGUACGUGGAAGGUAUAAGACACCAAUUUAUCAUUUUACAGGCAGGCGAAAUACCUGUGUGAAACUGAACCAAGGGGCCAAGUGCAUAAGAGGUAAACGCUGUAAAGGUGGUUUUGAAGCGUGCCCUGGUAAGUUCUCCUGCGGGAAGAAAAAGAAAGUAUGUUGCUGUCCGAAAACGGAGCCAACGCCUAAUCCGAAGACUGAGCCGACGACUGCGGCGAAGACCGCGCCAACGACUGCGCCGACGACUGCGCCGACGACUGCGCCGACGACUAACGAGCCGACGACUGGCAAGCCGACGACUGGCGAACCGACGACUGCCGAGCCGACGACUGGCGAACCGACGACUGCCGAGCCGACGACCGGCGAGCCGACGACUGCCGAGUCGACGACUGCCGAGCCGACGACUGCCGAGCCGACGACUGAGUCAAUGGCUUUAUCAGGUAAAUUAAGGCCUGGUUUUAUAUCACUUUUGAUUCUUAAGCUCAGUUAUCAAAAAUCAAAGUUAAAGGCAUCUGAGAGGAAUAGCGAAUGGUAA